GCCGCGGGCUAGGCACGGCGCAGGCGCACUGGGCUCGCGGUGCCGAACUGCAGCUAUGGAGCAGGCACCUCCGGACCCCGAGAGGCAAUUGCAGCCGGCCCCGGUGGAGCCGCUGGGCGGCCCUGGCGCCGUGCUGGAAGCCGCGGUCGGUGAGGAGACCGAGGGCACCCGGGAAGACAGCUCAGGGGUCGACACGACGACGGGAAAUCAUUUUUGGUUGAAGAAAAUAGAAAUCAGUGUUUCCGAGGCAGAAAAGAGAACGGGAAGAAACGCCAUGAACAUGCAAGAAACGUACACUGCUUACCUCAUCGAGACGCGGUCAGUCGAACAUGCUGACGGUCAGAGUGUCCUCACAGACUCGCUGUGGAGGCGGUACAGUGAGUUCGAGCUGUUGAGAAACUACCUUUUAGGGUACUACCCGCAUGUUGUUGUACCACCUCUUCCGGAAAAGCGGGCAGAGUUCGUGUGGCAUAAGCUCUCUGCUGACAACAUGGACCCAGACUUUGUGGAGAGACGACGGAUAGGCUUAGAGAACUUCCUCUUGAGGGUUGCUUCCCAUCCCGUCCUUUGUAGAGACAAAAUCUUCUAUCUGUUUUUGACACAGGAAGGGAACUGGAAGGAGACCGUGAAUGAGACUGGAUUUCAGCUGAAGGCAGACUCCAGGUUAAAAGCGCUUAAUGCAACAUUCAGAGUGAAAAACCCAGACAAGAGACCCCUGUCAAACGGUAGUCUGACACCCUCGGGGAUUGUGACCCACAGAUGCAGAACCAGUGCCUUAGGAAGAUUUACUGAGCUGAAGCAUUACAGUGAUGAGCUGCAGUCCGUCAUCUCCCAUCUCCUUCGAGUCAGAGCCAGAGUAGCAGAUCGACUCUAUGGUGUGUAUAAAGUACAUGGAAACUAUGGGAGAGUUUUUAGUGAAUGGAGUGCCAUCGAAAAGGAAAUGGGUGAUGGGCUGCAGAGUGCUGGACACCACAUGGAUGUGUACGCGUCUUCCAUUGACGAUAUCCUGGAAGAUGAAGAACACUAUGCGGACCAGCUAAAGGAGUAUCUCUUUUAUGCAGAGGCGCUGCGGGCUGUGUGCAGGAAGCAUGAGCUUAUGCAGUAUGACUUGGAGACGGCUGCUCAGGACCUGGCUUCCAAGAAACAGCAGUGUGAGGAGCUGGCCACUGGGGCCCAUCAGGGGCACCCGCGGCGCGGGGCCAGCUUCCCCGGCCACGCUGCGCUCGCUGCGGCUGACACGCAGGCGCCGGAAUCAAAGCCACGCUGGGUCUCGCAGCCAGGUCUCCGCGCCAGGCGAGGGCUGGCGGCCCGGAGCGCUUCCUGUGUGCGGGGCUUCCCACAAUGCACCGCGCCGGCAGCGGCGGCGACCGCGGCGGCGCUCUAG